CCUUGCUUCAAUCCUCCAUCUUCUUCCUCUUCCCUGACUGCUGUCAGGAGGUGCAGCUGACCUACUAGAGUACUAACUUGUGUAUCAUAUCUUGUCUCUUUGGUGACCAAAUCUAUCUGAGAUCUCAAGAUGCUUCCGCCCAAAUCUGCUGUCUUCCUCGCCGCAUCUUUGCUGGCGGCUUUGCCCGUCCAAGCUGAUGGACUGUACACGAAGAAGUCCCCCGUGCUGCAGGUGACAUCCAAGAACUACGACCAGCUCAUCGCCAAUUCCAACCACACAUCGAUUGUAGAAUUCUACGCCCCCUGGUGCGGUCACUGCCAGAACCUGAAACCCGCCUACGAGAAAGCAGCCAAGAACCUCGAUGGCCUAGCCAAAGUAGCGGCAAUCAACUGCGAUGAGGACGCCAACAAGCCGAUCUGCGGACAGAUGGGGGUGCGGGGGUUCCCGACGCUGAAGAUCGUGACGCCCGGCAAGAAGUCCGGCAAGCCGCGCGUGGAGGACUACCAGGGGGCGCGCACGGCCAAGGCGAUCGUCGAGGCGGUGGUCGACCGCAUCCCGAACCACGUGCGGCGCGUCACAGACAAGGAUCUCGAGAGCUGGCUGACUCCCCAGGAGGAAGCGGUCCCCAAGGCGAUCCUCUUCACGGACAAGGGCACCACCAGCGCGUUGAUCCGGGCCCUGGCGAUCGAGUUCCUGGGCUCGAUCGAGGUCGCGCAGAUCCGCAACAAGGAGACGGCGGCGGUCGAGCGGUUCGGCGUGACCGAGUUCCCCACCCUCGUGCUGCUGCCGGCCGGGAAAUCCGAGAAGGAGGAUGCCAUCGUCUACAGCGGGGAUCUGAAGAAGGCGCCGCUGGUCGAGUUCCUGAGUCAAGUCGCCGCGCCCAACCCGGACCCUGCGCCGCUUCCGCCCAAGAAAGCAAAGGCCGCCGCCGCUGACAAGGUGAAGAAGGACGAUGAUGAGGCCCAGCCCGAGUCCGAGCCAAAGGAGCAGUCGCCCAAGCCUGCCGCCCCUGUCCCUGUCCCCGCCCCUCAGAUCGAAUCCCUGACGACGCCUGAGGCCCUCGCCGCAGCCUGUCUCGCUCCCAAGUCUGGAACCUGUGUCUUGGCCCUUCUCCCCGAGGAGGCCCAGCCGGAGGCCGAGGCAGCGGAGAGCCCUGCGCAGGUGGUUCUGGCCAGUUUGUCUGAGGUGGCGCACAAGCACGCCCUCCACCACAGCAAGCUGUUCCCUCUGUACGGUGUUUCCGCCACGAACGACGCGGCAAAGACCCUGCGUGCGGCGCUGGAGCUGUCUGAACAGGACCUGGAGGUUGUGGCCGUCAACGGUCGGCGGGGAUGGUGGAGAAAGUAUGAUGCCGCUGAGGGCGAUUACAGCCCUGAGCGCGUGGACGCGUGGGUGGAUGCCAUCCGUCUCGGAGAGGGAUCCAAGUCGAAGUUGCCCGAAGGCGUGAUCGUCGAGAAGGUCGAGGAGGAAGAAGAGAAGCCAGCGGCGGCGGAGCACGACGAGUUGUAAGAUAAGUGAUAAUCAAGGCCCCGCGAACAAUGGGUGCGGCAAUGCGUGACUAGCAUUAGCCAUGAUCUUUUAAGUUAAAUGAGGC